AAAUCUAUCUAUCCUUAUAUCCUUAUUACUUCUAAUCCUACUGUCCUUUACUUUCCUACUAUCCCUAGGAUAGUUGUAAUGUUAGUGAUAGUUGCUAUUCUAAGGCAUCCUGCCAUCCCUCGGAUAGUCGCUCUUGACGGGAUGGUACAUCACGUGACC